AUGGCUUCACUCGUGCCUCUACUGCCGUUUAUCCCAGCCUCUGAAUCAUGGGACUCCUACCUCGCUCGGUUCGACUGCUACCUCCAAGCCAACGAGCUGACAGAAGUAUCACAGGAGCGGAAGCGGGGCCUAUUCCUCAGCCUCUGUGGGCCUGAGGUGUUUGAGACGGCCCGAGCAUUGGUUGCACCUGUAGAAGUCCAGGCAGCACCGUGGGACAUGAUUAAAGAGAAGCUCUGCAACCACUACGCGCCACAAGCGUCGGUCUUCGAGUGCCACCUGGUACGAGCGAGGUCCAGUGACUCCCACUACUGUGGCUGGCACCCAAGGAAUGUCCCCCACAAAGUUCCGGGCAAAGACCUGGUUUCCUGGAACAAAUGA